AUGGUCAUAUUUCCGGAAGAAGAGAAGUUCUGCAGGCAGAUGAGGAAAGCACUGAUAACAUUAGCCAGGAGCCCCAAGACUGAAGAGACUGUAACCAGCAGCUUUGCCUCCUUCAUCCAUGGAGUCCGGCCAGAACACUUGUCCGCUAUUGUUCGGCACAGGAGCAAAAGGAUGAUCCUUGAUAGCAUUGGGGUUGGGCUUGUAGGCAGCACAACACGUGUGUUCAAUAUUGCCCUGCAAUACUGUCAGGAGCUGUACUCUUCAAACCCCAUCAGCUCUGUCUAUGGCAGAAAAGGGUUAAAGCUAUCCCCUACACUGGCUGCAUUUGCCAAUGGAGUUGCAGCUCACUCGAUGGAUUUUGAUGAUACCUGGCACCCUGCUACUCACCCCUCAGGUGCAGUAUUGCCAGCUCUUCUGUCAGCUUCCCAGAUGCUACCCUCAGGCUCCAAACCCAAAGGCCUGGACUUCUUGGUAGCAUUUAAUGUGGGCAUUGAAGUACAAGGAAGGCUGAUGCAUUUUUCCAAUGAGGCUCACAAUAUUCCUAAGAGGUUCCAUCCUCCCUCAGUGGUUGGCACCAUGGGUAGUGCUGCUGCCACAGCAAAGCUCCUUUCUCUGAAUGAAUCCCAGUGUGCCCAUGCCUUGGCAAUUGCUGCCUCACUGGCAGGGGCACCUAUGGCAAAUGCAGCAACUCAAGUCAAGCCCUUGCAUAUUGGAAAUGCUGCCUGUCUGGGGUUUCAAGCGGCGCUGCUGGCUGCUCGAGGGAUGGAGGCCAGCCCCUUCGUUCUUGACGACAUCCCUGGAUGUGCUGGAUUUAAUGCUUUCUAUGGUGACUAUCAGCCCAAACCAUUAGCCCUGCCAGCAAACAACCACAAAUUACUUUUGGAGAAGCAAGAUAUUGCCUUCAAGCGCUUCCCAGCCCACCUAGGAAUGCAUUGGAUAGUGGAUGCUGCCUUGUCUGUUAGAAACCUGUUUGUCAACUAUUCUCAUUCUUUCUCUCCCUCUUUGAUCCAUGCCAUUGUGCUGAGGAUCCCUGUGUCCAAGUACAUCAACAGACCUUUUCCUGAGUCUGAGCACCAGGCCCGGCAUUCCUUCCAGUUCAAUGCUUGCACUGCCUUGCUGGACGGUGAGGUGGGCAUCAGCUCCUACACAGACAGCAGUAUCCAUCGGCGUGAGUUGAUGGAGCUUCUGGCCAAGGUGGUAGUGGAGCAUCCUGAGGAUAAUGUAGCCAACUUUGAUAAGAUGUAUGGAGAGGUGGUACUGAUUCUGGAGAAUGGAGAUGUCCUGACAGGCAGAUGUGACACUUUCUAUGGACACUGGAGGAAGCCCCUAAGCAGAGAAUCUCUCCUGAAGAAAUUCCGAUCUAAUGCUUCUUAUGUGUUCCCAGAAAACCAGGUGAACACCAUCAUCACAACAGUAGAAAACAUGGAAGAUCUUCCAGAUAGCUCUCAGCUGGCCUCCAGCCUAUAA